AUGAUCAUUCAGAUCGGCCUAUUYCKCACAACACUAGUCGGUAUCAAGGCAUUGCCAUUUCUUCUUCUGCGACUGCCAAAACAGCUGAUCAAGGAGCGGUACUUCACCAAGAAAGAACACCAACCUCCGUUUGUGAAGGGUGCGACAUUGUUUCAAGAUGUGGUAGUACGCUGCGUACGGUAUGCUUUCUCGGACAUACCAGCAGCAGUAGGCAAAGUUUUCUUCUCAAAAUGGGUUGCAUUGCCAUUUAUCAAAGUCCGCAUGCUGCGCCAUGGCAUUUGGAAGAGCCCGAUCUACUGGCGAGAGGUCAACGAGGAUGGUAGAAAAGGGAUAUACGCAAUCUGCGAUAGUUCAAAACGACCAGACAUAGUACUCUAUUACUGUCAUGGCGGCGGCUUCUCCAUGGGCUCUUCGUUCUUCUAUCUCGAGUUCCUACUCGUCUGGCUGACACUUCUCAAGCAAGCCGGCUACUCGAAUCCCGCCCUGUUCGCAUUGGAAUACACACUUGUUCCCGAAGCUACAUACCCCACCCAAGUACAAGAGGCGCUGGCUGGCUACAAAUAUGUCCUGUCACUCGUUGAUGACCCUUCUAGGAUCGUUGUAAGUGGCGACUCAGCAGGUGCCACGCUUAUCUUGAGCCUCAUGCUCUGCGUCUCUGGCUACUCAUCUUUGAAGAACAAGAUGCCCGGUGUCGCCAUUGUCAUCUCCCCUUGGGCUACCAUCAUCUCGCCGAAAAACAGAAACACCCGGUCAGAUUAUCUCAACGCGGAGAGUCUACAUCUUUACGGUACACAAUACAUUGGCAAGAAUGGCUCUCAAGACAAUGCACUCGUGUCGCCUGGCCGCUGUCAUGACCUGACAUGGUGGCGAAGAGCAUCCCCCAGUCAGGGCUGGUACUUUAUCUAUGGCGAGGAAGAGGUCUUCGCGCCCGAGACGAAAGAGCUCAUCACUCGAUUGAAAAAGGCAGAUCUCCGAGUGGAGGAAUAUGAAGAACCCGCGGGAAUCCAUGCUUUCCCCAUCACAAAGCUAUUCCUCUGUAAUACGCAGGAGGAGAGACAUAGCGGGCUGAAACGAGUUGUAGAUGUCAUUGCCAGUCGGAUUGAGAUAGGGAAAGCAAAGUGA